AUUACUGUCCGUUACUUUAUGCUGUGGGAAAUGCAGAGUAUACGACGUGCAAUACCCAUAUUCUUAGAGACAUGUUAAAUUACCAGAUAGCCCGCAUGUUGUUGAUGCUGUCGUCGAACAGGUUUAAUAUGUGUAUGUCAAGUUCAUUUGAAAUCAUGAUUUGCUUAUUCAUUUGUUGUUCAUAUAGGCAUGGUUUUGGAUCAUCUAAUAUGACAGCUCCUCCUUCUUUGAAUUUAUUGGCAGAAAUUAGAUUGAUUAAAUGGUUAUAUUGUGGAAUUGAU